ACCAAGGCGGAGGGAGGGAAAGGAGGCCACGGGGCGAUCGCAGAGCCGCGGGUGGGGGGGGGCAAGAAGCGCAGCCCGCAGCCCGGCCUCUAGGCUUUGCGGCCGAGCGGGGCGGGGCGAGCGGCCGAGGCGGGAAAAGCGAAGGCGGCCAUGGCGGCGGAGCAGAUCGAGAUGGAGACGCGGAUGCGCGACGGGCUCCGCAAACUGCUGGCCGUCAGCACCAGCCGGGACCAAGCCCUGCGCGCCGCCAAGGCGCUAGCCCUCUGCAACGGCCGCCUGCGGGCCCUCCGCGCGGAGCUCCAGCGGCGGAGCGAGGCGGCGGCGGCGACGGCGGCGGGACGAGGUUCAGAUUUUGCAGCUAAAGAUCGUGCAGCCUGUAGAGGGAAGGUUGGCAUUUCAGGUCUGCGAAUUCCGUUGAUGUGGAAAAACUCCCAUCAUUUCAACAGCAAAGACAGAACCGAACGUUACUCUGUUUUUUGCUUAUUCAAAAUGGGAGCUCAGGUGUAUGAUUCAGACCUGCUUAUUGUGGAUAAGGCAGCAACGGACAUCUGUUUAGAUAAUGCAACAAUAUUCGAGGGAGCUGGGCCAGACUUCCAGCUGAAGGUGGAGGUGUACAGUUGCUGCUGUGGGGAAGAUCCCUUGACCCUCACCAACACCCCGAGGAAGCUGGUGAAGAAAUUGAAGACCUCCCUGGGAAAAAGCGCCGGGAAGAAAUUCAGCUCUGCUUUGGACCAGAGUGAUGUUGAGACUCUCCUGCUCACUGAAACAGCCACACAUGGUGUGAAAUACAGCUUGCUGGCCUCUGCCUCCCUGAGCUUGGAGAACGCCAAAGAUGGCUUCAACGCCCACAGCCUUACACUCCUGGGAAACGAAGAUUCUCCUUCUUGGCUUCCACUGUAUGGCACCAUGUGCUGCCGCCUGGUUGCUCAGCCGGACUGCAUGACCCAAGAUGCCAUGACCGGAUUUCUUAAUGUACAGCCAUCGGGGGGCAUCUCGGGGCAGACCUGGAGGCGGCGAUACUGUGUGCUGAGAGGGGGCCAGCUGCUCUGCUUCUCUGCCCCCGAAGAAAGAGAGGCCAACGCGGAGCCGGCCUUGUCCGUUCCUAUCAACCGGGAAACUCACAUUCGUCCUGUGGAUAAAGAGGCUGGGGAAAAGGCCAACGUUUUCUCCGUGAUCAACCCUGAGCCUGGUGAGGACGCAGCUUGGAUUUUCCAAGCAGAAAGCUGGGAGGAUCUUUCCAAGUGGAUGGAAGCAUUCUCACAGCACUUUUUUGAUUUCAGCCAGUGGAAGCACUGCUGUGAAGAGUUCAUGAGGAUGGAGACGGGGUCCCCUCAAAAGCCCCCCCUGUUCUUGGCCAAAGAAGCCACUUCGGUUUACCAAGAGCUGAGCAUUGAUUCACCAGUGAAGCCUGACCCUUUAGUUGCCACGGCUCAGCAUGAGGAGGAGGCAAGCUUGUUCGUUGGCCCGGAUGAGGCGGACGUGUCCGGUGGUUCUUCUCUGAAGCGGAGUGAGAGCAGCCCGCGAAGAAGCUGCGACUCCGAGGGGACAAGCAAAGGAAGGGAGCCCCCUUCCAGGCCCUGAUCUGGCUCUCCAGAGCCCUGCUGCACGCUGGCACAGCUCCUGCGGCCCCCCUUCCCUCCCUCCCCCUCUCUCUUUCCCUCUGCCCCCUCUUCUCCCCCUCCUUCCAUCUUUCCCUCUGUCCGUCCCUCUCUCCCUCUCUCCCCCUCUUUUUAGUGAAGAUACGAAUUGGCCACAUCCUUAAGCCCAGGAAAUACUGCAAGGGCUCAAGCGAUUCUCCUCUCCAGAACCUUUUUUAUAUAACCUUUUAAAACAAAGCCAUUUUUAACUCAUCUGUUGGGGCAGCCUCAGUUUUCAAAGGACUCCUGCAGAGCUGAUCAGGGGCCCCAGAUGUUGGGGUUGAGCUCAUCUGGCAAAUGUAUAUCUAUUUGCACAGUUUCAUCUUCUGAUCCAUUAUCUAAAACAGGGGUCUCCAACCUUGGUCCCUUUAAGAUUUGAGGACUUCAACUCCCAGAGUUCCUCAGCCAGC